AUGUUCCAAUCCUCCAAACCGUAUUCGGCAGUGACCGUGCAAAUUGAGGUCCUUACGAGCGAACAAUAUGAAGUCGAAGACUCGAGCGGCAUCGUCGAUUUGGUGGAAGUAGUUCGCAUCCAGGCCAGCGGCCCGAUGGAGGCAAGUCGGGCUCUUCGUAAGAAGCUAAAAUAUGGCAAUAUCCACCGACAACUGCGCGCACUUACUAUUCUCGACUUCCUGGUUCAAAAUGCAGGAGAACGCUUCUUGCGCGAUUUCGCCGAUGAGGCGUUGCUCGAACGUCUUCGAAUUGCAGCUACUGAUUCCGUUUCGGAUCCACUCGUGAAAGAGAAAUGCAAGCAGAUUUUCGGACAAUGGGCGGCGACUUAUAAGGACACUCCUGGUAUGGCGAAGGUCACCGCGCUAUACAAGCAAGUUCCCAAGCGAAAACAGCCUGCGACGCAAGCAAAAGCCAAAGUUCUCCGCGAGGGCAAUACAAACUCAAACGAGCCUCCAAUGGGUCAUGUUGUAUCCGUGUCAGCGGGCAGUGGACCAUCCACUGUGCUAACCAGUCCCAAAGAAAAGUCCAAGUCCAGGAAAGUCAAGAAAGACAAGAAACUAUCAAUUAGCCACAAGAGGUUCGAUCUGGAAAAGGAGCGCCCGCAGAUCUUGCAAGCGCUUGCUGCGUCUUCCGUCGCUAGCACCAACCUGUUGAAUGCUCUUAAACUCGUCAAUCGUGAGACGCACAGAGUGAGUGAGGAUGCGGAAUGCAGUAAUCGAUUCGACACAUGCAAGCAGCUUCGUCAUGAGAUCCUUCGAUAUAUCCAGUAUAUAGAAACCGAAGAGUUCCUGGGCGGCCUGAUCCAUGCAAACGAGGAGCUGGUGGAUGCAUUGAUGGCAUUCGAGGUGUUAGACAAGAGCGUGGACUAUGACAGUGAUAGUGAGGACGACAUUUUGGAAGGAAAUUGGAGGCAGAGACAUGGACUUGGACUGCAGGACACGGACGUGAAUGACGGCCUUUCUGGGCUUAGUAUCAACCCUCCAAAGCCACCACGGCCGAACCGUCCUGAUAGCCUGCCUCUUGCUUCUUCGUCGCAACACACACGCCAAAUAUUUGAGAGCGAGAGUGAGUCAGAAGAAGAGGAUGAUGAAGACAACCCCUUCGGGGAUAGGAAUGCUAUUAAGACCCCGGCCAUUGAGAAACCUGGACUUACUUGGUCUGAUCUAUGUGGUUACAAUUCUGAAGUUUGGAUUAUCUUUACCUUCGGGAUUUACGGUUUUGGUUUCUUUCAUACAUCGUCUGACGACACAAUGCCGGUAACCGAACUCGCCCUCCUCCGCCUGAAAGUGCAAGACCCCUCAUCUUCUACCAAAAGCACUCUCCUAGAAGCCCAGAAAAAACAGACGGAAUACUCAGGCUAUCCUGUCACAUACCUCCGCCAGAUCGAAGACCCACUGUCCGUUUAUCUGCUGGGUGGGUGGGAGUCUGUCGAGAAACAUACAGGCGAAGGCCAGUGGCUUUCACUCGAAAUCAACCAGAACCUACUCGUGCAGUUGAAGGACAGUGUCGAUGUUGGUUGGAUGUUCCACUUAGAUGUUGAUGCAUCUGCAUCCAAAAUCCCGCUAGAUGCACCUGUUCUCGCUAUAACUCGAUUCUUUGUCGAGCCAGGCAAAAAGGAUGAAUUUGACGCUGUCUUCAACACUGUUGUGUCUCAUUUGAAUGCCUACACGGCCCCGUUCUCUUCUUGCGGUGCGUGGCGUAUCGAUAAAGAGGGGGAAGAUGAGGAGUUUGUUCUUUUCAGUGGGUGGAACGAAGUCCAGGAUCAUCUUGCUUUCGGGGAGUCUGAGGGUUUUAAGGAGUUUGGGAAGCUCAGGGCGUUGAUGAAGGACGGGGAUGUUAAGCAUAUACGUGUUGAGAAGUGGGAGUAG